UUCAUUUUCCCUCCAACCCAAAAACAACUGUCAUCUCUUCCAAAAAAAAAAAAACCCAGAGGAAGAGAGAGAGAAUUGGCUUAUGAUUCUCUCUCUCUAGCUAGAAACCCUCCCGAUUGAAAGCUCAAAAUUACAGGUCCCCUUAAAUCUCCAUUGCAAAAACCACAAUGCCCUGUUGUUAUCCAUCGUGAAUCUCCAUAAGAAAUCCUUUCUUUUUAACCUAGCCAUGGGUUGAUUUGAUCAUCAAUUCUAGAGUCGUACUCAUGCAAAUCCUUGCGUACGACGACGAUUCUCUCCCUAGGGUUUCGUUCGAUUCGCAGAAUCAACGUCGUCGUCGUCAACAUCGUCGUGGUUCUUCGUGUUGUGGAGUCCCUAUCUCUCCUCAUUUGCGCAUUGGUGGUGGCCUCUCCAGAAAGAGCUUUUCAUACGACGAGCUUCCUCAGCAGCCUCUCAAUCUCGCCAUUCUCAAACUCGAUGGCUCCUCCUUUGAUGUUGAGAUUGCGAAGACGGCAAGGGUGGCCGAGUUGAAGAUGGCGGUGGAGGAGGUAUUCAGUCAUAGGCCGAGGAAAGGACCUGGCAAGAUUUCAUGGUCACAUGUUUGGGGGCAUUUUUGCUUAAGCUAUGACGGUUGGAAGCUACUUGCUGACAGCGAACCUAUCAGCAAUUAUGGGAUCAGUGAUGGAGAUCAGCUUCAUUUUGUCCGGCACGUCUCAGUUAACUACAAUCUAAUAAGGAGCCGGCCACCAAAAGAUAGAUUGUUUGCUUUGGAGCAACUCAAGAUAUCAGAUGCCCGCUUAGAGGGGGGACAGAAAGAUGAAAAAGAUGACAGUAGUGAUGAUCAAGAAAAUUCACCACCCCAGCAUUAUGAUGACAGGAACGAGGAUAUCAUGAGCAGCUAUGAAUCGAAGUUAUCUCAGUUAUUUGGACGGUGGUUCGCAUACCGUAGACUGGGGAACCCAAGAAGGAAAGUAAAAGGUAGCUCUUUUUCGUCACGAUGGACAGAUGAUUUCUUGGGAAGUUUCAGAAGUAUCGUACGGCUUUAUAGUAGUAACAAGCUCAAGUCCCAAACAGAUCCUUCGGAAGAGGUCUAGUGAUCUGCAUACAUAGUUGCACUAAACUUCAGUCAACUGAAUUGGUUAGUUGAAAGGAUUUUAAACUUCAAUUCAGGUUCAGUCUCAUCGAAGCUCAAAAAUAUGUAACCUUCUGAUCAUCACAAGUUGUCAAAUAUGCCCUUGUAGAGCUAACUAAUAGAAUGAAAAUGGUGUGCAAAUGGAUUUUUUAUACAGAAAAUUAAUCUGGAAUGAUGUGGUAGUAGUAUUUUAGUUUACAAACUUCAAUAAUGGGUGUUUUAGUUUACAAUAAAAGGCUAUAUCAUUCUGUAUCAUAAUUCUGUUUUGUAUGUAACAUUACUCGUACUAGAGAUUAUUCUAGAUGGUUCCAUGUUUGGCUACUCAAAAUUCAUGUCUAGUGAAUGCAUUCAUUUUUGUUCUGGUACCUGGAUAAUAUCAUUGA